CUGUGUGUGCGUAUGUUUGUGAGAGCUGUGACGCGCGCCGGCUGGGAGCAAUGACCAGCUGCGUCGUCAGCGGCUGUAAGCGCGUCCAUCACAUUGAAGUGGAGCCAUUGAAGGAAGCGGAUAGGGUGGAGCACAGCCUGCUGCUGAUCAAGGGUCGACUACAGCCGAGCUGUGCCAGCACCAAGCAGCUGAAGGCGACACUCUCGCUGCGCCAGACACAACAGGAGCAGCUGACACAACUGUCCGCCGCCGGCGAAUUCAAGCUGCUCUUCGAUUUGGCUACAGAGGAACCAGAGUCCAAGGAGCCACCAGUAAAUUGUCAGUUGCGCCUGCGCUGCUGCAGCGGCGAGCGUCUGCUGCGGUUUAGCUAUCAGGCGCGUUGCAGCGCAUAUCGCGUGCAGCCGCUGUAUCUGGUGUGCCGGGCCAGCGACGCGGAGCAGGAGGAGUCAACGCUGGAGGCGGAGCGACGCUGCGCUCUGAUCGAUUUGAAUUUGCGCCUGGUGCAGUGCAUCUAUGCGCAUAAAUUGAGCGCCGCCGGCUAUACGAAUCGCACCUUUACAUUGAACGGCGCCUGCCGCAUCUUUUACUCGCAGCUGAGCUGCGCGACGGCGCGUGCCUGCAGCGAGGACGAGCUCUGGCAGCGCUUUGCCAGCGAGAUACUCGCCUGCCCGGACUGGGGCCAGCAGCUGCAGCUGAAAUUCGUCGCCUUUGUGGGCUGCACACGCUACAACGGCGCCGCGGUUGCGGCCAGCGGUGACUACUCCUACGCCAAUAUACGACGUCAUCUGGAAGCGCACGCAGCGUUGGGCGGCGGCGGCUUGGCGCUCUUUGGCAGCGGUCACUUUUAUGCCUGGCCGCGACGCUUUUCCGAAAUUGGCGACUGUAUACGCAGCACGGAGCGCGUGGACGUGACCAGAUUGCCGGACGAGAGCAACUAUCGACGCACCUACGGCGGCGUCUAUGCGAGCACCCUGGGCGCUGUGUGCCACGAGCUGGGCCAUUGUUUUGAUCUGGGCCACACCCUGGAGGGUGUCAUGGGCCAGGGCUUUGACUAUUUGAAUCGCGUGCUCACCGUUGAUCAGCCCACGGAGCAUUUGCCGCAGCGCAUUGUGUCCACGAGCGCAGAGGCCGCCACAUCUCUGGUGCGUCCACGUUUCACACAGCUGAAGCAGCCGGCGGGCAGCCAAUUUCUGGACAACUAUCACGCCCAGCGACGCAACGAUAGCUUCUACUUUGCCCACAACUGUGCCGUCAUUCUUGCCCAGCAUCGCUGGCUGCGUGCCGGCCUGCAGGCGGCCAGCUUGGAGCAGCUGCCGCCGGUCCAGAUUCAAUUGCUGCCAGCCAGCGCCGAGAUUGUCUCCAGCGUGCCAUUGCGCCUUGUCGAGCUGCGCUGCAAUCUCAACAGCCUGGUGGCCCACUACGAGGAGUUCGAGCAGGAGACGCAUCGCUUCCAGCUGCCCGCCUCCCUCUGGCAUCUGCUCGCCACACAGCGCACUCACUACGCCUUCGUCCUGACCAUUGACGGCGACACCAAGCGCCUGGCCUUGGACACCACAGCGCAGACCAAGCCAACCAAGUAGCGACGAUUCAGAUGGGCGAAACGCGGCCGCCGCGCUGGCAGUUCGAUAAUGAAAAUACUUUGAUAGAAACAAGAAACAGAGACAACAAC